CUAAGCCGUGUUUUUGUUUUCAGUACGCCAUAGUUGUUCAAACGCCUAAGACAUCACAACUGGCCGCGGUCCAUUGGCUCUUUUUAAUAUUGUUUCAUCAUUUGUUUUUUUAUUAUUUUAAUUGUUGUUUCAUCUUGUGGAAAUUAUGUCACUUUUGCGCGCCUUAGCUGUCAACUCGCUCUUAUCAUUUGCGUUUCUGUUUUGCUUCGUGUAUUGUGUACAUUUUGAAAAGUAUUGGACAACAACAACCACGACCGUCAAGCCGUGGCAUAUACGCCAGCCGGGCCUAUCACUGCCGUUGCCCAAUAGUCACCCGUCCAAGUGUUUGCGCGAAGUGCCCGCCGUAUUCUUCCAGUUCGAGAAGGACAAACAAGUGGUUGGCAACAGCACAAACAGUAUUUACUUCAAUGUCAUAGAGGUCUGCUGUAAGGGUUAUAAGCGAUACGACUUCGACUGGAACCGCUGCGUGCCGGAUUGCGGCAACAAAUGCCAGGCCAACGGUUUUUGCUUGGAUGGCGGCAUUUGUAAGUGUUUCGACGAAUUCGUGCACAAUCAUCGUAAUGUCUGCAUACCGACUUGUCCGCUCGGCUGUCCGAAUGGCCAGUGCUACCUGAAUGGCACGUGCAUUUGCCAAGCGGGCUACGAGUUGGAUCCGACACGAAAGUACUGCAUGCCGCGCUGCGAGUCCAGCUGUGCGCGCAAUGAGAUCUGCAUCGAGCCGAAUAAAUGCGAUUGCGCUGAGGGUUAUACGCGUGCGCUGCCACCCAGCACGAUGGGCUGUCAGCCCGUUUGCAUACCGGAUUGUGGUUUCGGACACUGUGUGGCGCCGAAUGAGUGCGAGUGCUUCCACGGCUAUCAGAAGCGUUUGAAUGGUAGCGCAUGUGAGAGCAACUGUUACAUGCGUUGCGAGAAUGGCUUUUGUGUAAAUCACACCACUUGCAUCUGUCAGAACGGUUACCGUUUUGACCAGAACACGAGCUCCUGUCUGCCCGUCUGUGACGCAGACUGCGAAAACGGCAUUUGUCUCUCGCCUGGCGUUUGCCGCUGCUUCAACGGCUAUGUGCGUCGCGGUCCCAAGUGUGAGGGUAUAUGCGAAGAUGGCUGCGGUUAUUAUGGCAAAUGCAUAGCGCCGAAUGUAUGCGGUUGUUCUAUUGUUGAGGGUCCCGUGCGCAUCUUUCAGCGCUGUGCGCAUGGCAAUUGCAAUGCCAAAGGUCGUUGUCGCUGCAAAGAGGGCUUCAUGCGUUUCAUCGAUCAGUGCAUGGAACCAGAUAAGGUGACCACAUAUGCGUCCAUGAAACCCAGCAGACUCAAUCAGACGCUGCUGCAAGAGUUCAAUAUGUUGAUCGGCAGACAUUUCAUGUUUAAUUUUCAAAUAACGCCCUUCUACUGAGCAGACUAUCUUUUAAGAGUUCUAUGUAGCAAAAGUGUUAAAAUAGAAAUGUAAAAUAAAUAAAAACAAGUGCUCA